UGGGUAUUAAAAAAUAGUUUAAUAGACUAUGACAGUCCAUUGGACCAUUAAACAAAAACUACACGCCCUUAUCAGAGCGACGAAUUUUUUGUAACUUGGAUCAGAAAUUCAAUAAAGUUAUAGUAAUAAAAAUGAAAUAAUUUGGAAAAGAAAGAAUAGAGAAGAAAACACAUGCGAAAUUAUAAUGGCCUGCCUCUCUUCCUUCUUAUCUCUUUUACUUACACUCUCCAGGUCCCUCACUUCCCUCAUUGGACCUCUCUAACUCUCCUCUCUUACCUUCUCCUGUUUAAAUUCUUCUCCUUUCUUUCCACAAUUUCUGUCUAACCAAUUCCAACACCAAAAAAUUCCAUUUCUUGACGAUGAAACGAAGCCAUCAAGAAACGUCUGUAGAAGAAGAAGCUCCUUCAAUGGUGGAGAAGUUAGAAAAUGGUUGUGGUGGUGGUGGAGACGAUAACAUGGACGAGUUUCUUGCUGUUUUGGGUUACAAGGUUCGAUCUUCAGACAUGGCAGAUGUUGCACAGAAGCUUGAACAGCUUGAAAUGGUCUUGUCCAAUGAUAUUGCCUCUUCUAGUAAUGCCUUCAAUGACACCGUUCAUUACAAUCCUUCUGAUCUCUCCGGUUGGGCUCAGAGCAUGCUCUCGGAUCUUAAUUACUACCCGGAUCUUGACCCGAACCGGAUUUGCGAUCUGAGACCAAUCACAGACGACGAUGAGUGUUGCAGUAGCAAUAGUAACAGCAACAAGAGGAUUCGACUCGGUCCUUGGUGUGACUCAGUGACCAGCGAGUCAACUCGUUCCGUGGUGCUUAUCGAGGAGACAGGAGUUAGACUCGUUCAGGCGCUAGUGGCCUGCGCCGAGGCGGUUCAGCUGGAGAAUCUGAGCCUCGCGGAUGCUCUCGUCAAGCGCGUGGGAUUACUCGCGGCUUCUCAAGCCGGAGCCAUGGGGAAAGUCGCUACCUACUUCGCCGAAGCCCUAGCUCGUCGAAUUUACCGGAUUCAUCCUUCCGCCGCCGCCAUUGAUCCUUCCUUCGAAGAGAUUCUUCAGAUGAACUUCUACGACUCGUGUCCCUACCUGAAAUUCGCUCAUUUCACGGCCAAUCAGGCGAUUCUAGAAGCUGUUACGACGUCGCGUGUCGUACACGUAAUCGAUCUAGGGCUUAAUCAAGGUAUGCAAUGGCCGGCGUUAAUGCAAGCCUUAGCUCUCCGACCCGGUGGUCCACCGUCGUUUCGUCUCACCGGCGUUGGGAAUCCGUCGAAUCGAGAAGGGAUUCAAGAGUUAGGUUGGAAGCUAGCUCAGCUGGCUCAAGCCAUCGGCGUCGAAUUCAAAUUCAAUGGUCUAACGACGGAGAGGUUAUCCGAUUUAGAACCGGAUAUGUUCGAGACCCGAACCGAAUCGGAGACUCUAGUGGUUAAUUCGGUUUUCGAGCUUCACCCGGUUUUAUCCCAACCCGGUUCGAUCGAAAAGCUGUUAGCGACGGUUAAGGCGGUUAAACCGGGUCUCGUAACAGUGGUGGAACAAGAAGCGAACCAUAACGGUGACGUUUUCUUAGACCGGUUUAACGAAGCGCUUCACUAUUACUCGAGCUUGUUCGACUCGCUCGAAGAUGGUGUUGUGAUACCGAGUCAAGACCGAGUCAUGUCGGAGGUUUACUUAGGGAGACAGAUAUUGAACUUGGUGGCGACGGAAGGAAGCGAUAGGAUCGAGCGACACGAGACGCUGGCUCAGUGGCGAAAACGUAUGGGAUCCGCCGGGUUUGACCCGGUUAACCUCGGAUCAGACGCGUUUAAGCAAGCGAGUUUGCUAUUGGCGUUAUCUGGCGGUGGAGAUGGAUACAGAGUGGAGGAGAACGACGGAAGCCUAAUGCUUGCGUGGCAAACGAAACCUCUAAUCGCUGCAUCGGCGUGGAAACUAGCGGCGGAGUUGCGGCGGUAGAUACGUCGUCAUAAAGAGGAGAAGAAAAAAGACUUAGCGAACGUGACCUUAUGUUUUUAUUUUACUUUAACUUACCCCAGUAGUUUCGUUUUGUGACAAUUUCGCCCGAAAUAUUCCGUGCCUUAUACUUUUGGGACCCAGUUGGUUCGUUGGUCGUGGAGAUUCGAGAACGAGGAACAUGUGUGUAUGUAACAACAGCACGAGCAAGUGUUUUCAUAGUUUGAAUAAAUAUGAAAGAAAUGACGUUUAUUUUAUUUUUUGUCAACGAAUUGACGUUACGUUUAAUUUCACCCAAAAUAUAUACAAAAUGACGCAUGAAUGAAUUUG